UCAUUUAACUUCCGAAAGUGUAAUUAGUGUCCUGCGUGUCGUCCGCCGCCUCCAUUCACAGAACCGCCACUAUCUUCAUCCUUCCAUCCAUCUAUAUAACCUCCCGAUCUUUGCAUUCGUUAUCCUAGCCCUUCCAUCCUAGCCUCUCUUCUCAAUCUUCACGUGUCCAAACCUAACCCUAGAUUUCCCAAUCGGAGCGCCAUGGCGGACAGCGGCGUCGUGACGGUGUACGGCAACGGUGCGGCCAUCACGGAACCCCAAAAGAAGUCGACUGCGUUCUCGGUGAAGGUUGGUCUCGCCCAGAUGCUGCGCGGUGGCGUCAUCAUGGACGUGGUGAACGCUGAGCAGGCCCGCGUUGCAGAGGAGGCUGGCGCCUGCGCGGUUAUGGCCCUGGAGCGCGUACCUGCUGACAUCCGUGCUCAGGGUGGCGUCGCCAGGAUGACCGAUCCAGCCCUAAUCAAAGAAAUCAAGCAAGCGGUGACCAUUCCGGUUAUGGCGAAAGCCCGCAUCGGCCACUUUGUUGAGGCCCAGAUCCUGGAAGCCAUUGGUGUCGACUAUGUCGAUGAGAGCGAGGUCCUCACCCCCGCGGACGAACACCACCAUAUCAACAAGCACAACUUCCGCGUUCCCUUCGUCUGUGGCUGCCGGGAUCUAGGUGAGGCCCUCCGUCGCAUCCGCGAGGGUGCCGCCAUGAUCCGUACCAAGGGGGAGGCGGGCACGGGGAACAUAGUAGAGGCCGUUCGCCAUGUUCGUUCUGUUAUGGGCGACAUUCGCGUCCUUCGCAAUAUGGAUGACGACGAGGUCUUCUCUUUUGCCAAAAGGAUUGCUGCUCCUUAUGAUCUUGUGAUGCAGACCAAGCAGCUAGGCCGCCUUCCGGUCGUCCAUUUCGCAGCUGGUGGCGUUGCUACUCCCGCCGACGCCGCUCUCAUGAUGCAGCUUGGCUGUGAUGGGGUUUUCGUCGGCUCCGGUAUCUUCAAGAGCGGCGAUCCUGCCCGCAGGGCUAGGGCAAUCGUGCAAGCAGUCACUCACUACUCUGACCCGGAGAUCCUCGCCGAAAUCAGUGCUGGAUUGGGGGAGGCUAUGGUCGGUAUCAAUCUCAACGACGCUAAUGUGGAAAGGUUUGCUGCUCGCUCCGAAUAGAGUAAUCUUUCACAUCAUUUUCCCCGGCAAAGUAGCUGCAGGAAUGAUCAUUUGCUUGCAUGUUUGCUUAGAAAUGAUUUCCUUCUCCCAUCCUUCCUAUAGUUUCUGUUAUGGCUAUGGUUGAAUUUCGGUUUCUGAAUUGCUUAUGCUGCGAUCAGAAGAUCAUAGCUUAAUCUCCUAUUAAGCUUUUUCUCUGUUUUCAUUUCAGCUUUGGUUCCUGUAUGUGUUGCUUGCUAUUGUUGGUAUCUUCUAUCAAUAUUGUUAUAAUGAACGAAAUUCAUGAAGUUUACAACCA